GGGCUGGGGUCUUCUUCCUGUCUUCUGCCGAGGGAGACCAGAUCAGCUUCCUGUUCGACUGCAUCGUCCGAGGCAUCUCCCCCACCAAGGGCCCCUUCGGGCUGCGGCCAGUUCUCCCAGACCCGAGCCUCGGGGGCACCGCCCUGGAGGAAAGGGUGGCGCAGGAGGCCCUGGAAGCCCUGCAGCUGGAGAAGCGGCUCAGCCUUCUCUCGCACUCCGGCCGCCCAGGCAGCGGAGGAGACGACCGCAGCGUAUCCAGCUCGUCGUCAGAGGCCAGCCACUCGGACGUCAGCGCCAGCAGCCGGCUCACGCCGUGGCCAGAGCCGUCCUCGUCCUCGGCCAGCACGUCGCAGGAGGGCCCCUGGGCUGCUGCCGCCCAGGCCCCUGGGGAAGCCGCGCCGGGCGCCGCCAGGCCCACCCCGAAGCCGCUGCGGCCACGGCAGCUGCAGGAGGUCGGCCGCCAGAGCUCCUCGGACAGCGGCAUCGCCACAGGCAGCCACUCCUCCUACUCGGGCAGCUUCUCGUCGUGCGCAGGCAGCAGCCUGGACGUGUGGCGGGCUGGCGACGAGCUUGGCUCCCUGCUCAGCCUGCCGGCGGCCGGGGCCCCGGAGCCCAGCCUGUGCGCCUGCCCGCCCGGGGCGGCGGAGUACCAGGUGCCCACCGCCCCGCGGCCGCACUACGACACGCCCCGCAGCCUGCGCCAGGCGCCCCGGGACCAGCCCCCGUCACCGGGCAGCCCCGACGGGGCCACCGCCCGGGACUCGGGGUGUACCCCUGGCUGGCCUGGCGAGAGACGGCGGGGACCGGCGCCAGAGGCGGCGGCAGGGGCCGGCGAGUCCUGGGAAGCGGGUGCCCCCCAUGCCGGGCCCCCUCCGGCGCUCUUUUCCGCGUGUCCUGUCUGCGGAGGACUGAAGGCAGCUGCUGCCGCGCCCCCGGGGCUCCUGGUGAUGCACGCAGGAGCGCCGGCUCCUGGGAGGCCGCGUGGGGAGGCGCCCACCUACGUGAACGUGCCCACCAGCCCCUGCCCUGCCAAGCAGCUGCACUAUCUGGGCCUGCAGCUGCCGGAGGCGGGUGCGGGCGUGCGAGGGGCCGGAGCCUCCCGCUACGCGCUGAUUGACGUCGCGGCCACCGAGGCGGCGCACAGGGCGGGGGCCCAGCACGCGCAGGCCCGGGAGGAGCGGCUGCCCGCGCCCGAGCAGAGGCCAAAGGCGGCCCGCGGUGAGGCGGCCGGACCACAGCGACGCGCCUGGACGGCGGAGGCAGCGGCCCCGCGCCAUCGCGGCGGUCGGGCUCGGAACCGAGGGCGGCGGGAGGUGCCGCCUGGACAGGUGUCCGCAGCGGCUCUGGUGGACCCAAGGCAGCGUCUGGCCAGCAGUUUCCGGCCCUGGGAUGUGACCUGCCCGCAACCUUCCCUGGAGGCGGCGGCCCAGUGAUGAGGACCCUCGUCUCCAACCACGACGGGGUGGGGGGCGUCCAUCUGCAGGGCGCCACCGUCCCGUCCCUGUCAGCACUGCCUUGCACCCAGAGGGCGUGGCCCUUGGGCCCUGCAGCGGACUGUCGGCCUCCUGGGACCUACUGAGUUAGUCCUGUAAAUGGUUUAGAUC